ACCACCAUUCUGCACACCCCAAUUCCACAAUCUAUUCAAUCGACAAACGAUAACUUCCAAUAAACGAACGAGCAAGCGGACGUUUACUACAAUGGCAUCCCGCGUCCUCCAUCCGAUGCUCCGAACCGCUACGAGAGCUCCUACCGUCGCCGCCCGUACUUUCCAGACAAGCGCAGCGCUGAGGCAGGAGGUUGUUACUGCACCUGUCAGGAAGCCUGUUGGUGCUUUCCGUGGAGGAUUGUUUGGAUUCCUUCUCGGUGCGACGACGUCCGGCGCGGGCAUGUACUACUAUGUCAUCGACGAGUAUCGCGUUUCGAACCAGCUUUUAACCGAGGAUAUCUACGCCCUCCAAUCUGCGGUACAACGGAUAGAAGGCUACGUCAAGACACUGGAGGAGAAGGUUGCCGCCAAGAAGAGAUAAACAACGGGUCCAGCCGCUUGCCAAAGAGCAUGCACAAAAUUCAACAGCACAUAUGAUGAGACGGUGGGUUCUGAGCCUUGAGAUGCACGUGUAUAGUAGGAAAAGUAUCUUUGCUCGAUCAGACUGAUGUUGCAAUGUUCGGGGAGUAUGGAAAUUAUACCACUCAGUUUCUUCCACACUCACAAUCAC